UCCAAAUUUACAGCUUCUGACUUAUUUUUUUCUCUUGCCACAGGCAAACUUGGGCUAGCUGAUCAAUUCACAAAGUACUGUCCUUGUCCUAUGUGUGUGCCAAGAAGAAGUUCCUGAUGCAGUCACUAACAGGUCUUUGCAUUUCAUAUGAUUUCCCUCCUGAAUAUAAUCUUGAUCUUCUCUUUAAGCCUUCCGUGAUUUCACAUGUCCUGUUUUUGAGGACACAAAGGAAGGUGAAGAGAAGGAGACCGGAAGGACAGAGGACACAGCGGCGGCACAAGAAGAUGGUGGCAGCCUUGGCACAGCGUGGCGCGGCCGCGCUACAGCGAAACAGUUUGCUGACUAGCUGUAACUUCCUCAUACAUGAGAACCUGUGCACUAGAACUCGAGUCCUGUGGAAGCAGCCACCUUCUAGGAAAUUUUUCAGUGACAGGAAGAAGUUUCAUACUGCUCUGGUAGGACAAGACUUCUGCCUGCGAAGCUUCCAUGUUUUGGUGGCUACAGGUGGAGGAUAUGCAGCAUACAGAAAAUACGAGGAUUUCAAGUUGGAACAGCUAGAGAAGAAGGGCAGAGAGCUGUCUGUGAAGCUUGCAAGGGAGUGGGAGGUUGCUUUGUACAAAUCGGUACCAACCUGACUGCUCUCACAAACAUGCGGUCGCCUGAACCAGGUGGAGCUGCCUACAUGGCUUCGGAAACUUCUUUCCAGCCUGUACAUUUGGACAUUCGGAGUAAACAUGAAGGAGGCAGCUGUUGAUCUGCAUCACUAUAGAAACCUCAGUGAAUUCUUUCGCAGGAAGCUGAAACCACAAGCACAGCCAGUUUGCUGUUUGCACAGUGUGAUUAGUUCCUCUGAUGGCAAGAUCCUUAACUUUGGACAAGUAAAGAAAUGUGAGGUUGAGCAAGUAAAAGGGGUUACUGAUUCACUGGAAUCUUUCUUGGGACCUCACAUCAGCACAAAGGACUUGCAUUUUAGUGAGGCCUCAUCUGGUAACUCCUUUCAGCAACAGCUAGGCACAAAGGAGGGGAAUGAGCUCUAUCAUUGUGUAAUCUACCUUGCACCAGGGGACUACCACUGCUUCCACUUGCCCACUGACUGGAGGGUGUCACACCAACGUCAUUUUCCAGGCUCUCUGAUGUCUGUGAAUCCUGUAGUUGCUCGCUGGAUCAAGGAACUGUUCUGCCACAAUGAACGGGUUGUUCUUACAGGUGACUGGAAACAUGGCUUUUUCUCUUUAACAGCUGUAGGAGCAACAAGCGUGGGCUCUAUCCACAUCUACGUUGACCAGGACCUCCAUACCAACAGUCCCUGUUACUCAGAAGGUUCCUACAAUGACUUCAGCUUUGUAUCCAACAACAACAAGGAGGGAAUACCCAUGAGGAAAGGAGAACAUUUAGGGGAAUUUAAUCUAGGCUCUACUAUUGUACUCAUCUUCGAGGUACCUAAAGACUUCAAAUUCCACCUCAAAGCUGGACAGAAAAUCUGCUUUGGAGAAGCCAUGGGCUCUCUAUAGAAACUCACGUAGCAAGGUUUUAUAUACAAAGGGACUUUUAUCACAUCACAGAGAGUUUCACUUAACAAGUGUAUAUAACUCAGCAGGACCUGGGUGAGGAAAAUGGAAGAUGUCAUUGCUAUGUUCAACUUUGAGAGUAUUUGGCCUAUAUUUACAUAUUGCUGCUGAAUGCAGAAAGAUAAUUGAAUGAAUGUGUAUGUAUCAGGCACAGCUGCCUUUAAAGAUGUUGACUACAGAGGUUUCUGUUCUACCCUGUGCCUGUAGUCUUUGAUGUUCUCCCCCUCAAUGUGCCACAGGAUAUCUAAGUUCACAGAGCUUAAAAAUCCCUUUUAAGCCUUCCUAGACCAUGCAGAGGUGCGAUGGGGAAAGGUGGAAGUAGAGAUUAGGUUUAUUUAAAGGGACAUUAAGAAGUUGAGUCAGACCUUGUACCUUAGAUUUGCUGUAUUUCUUUCAGACCUUGAGUAACAAAUUUAUUCUUGUCUUUAUUCUAAAACACUUCUCUGAAGUCCUUUUAUAAAAUACACGGAGAGCCAUUAACUCUUCCAGUUAAAUGGACUAUUAUGGCUUCACAGUCCAAACAAAGCAAAAUGCACAGGCUGCAUCAGUAAAGUAAUUUAUACAUCCAGUUUAUUUCCUCACGUUAGACAACUUUAAUUCUUUUACCUAACAAUGUCCCUUGAAAACAGGACUUUGCACUGUGUCUACAUUCCAUACAAUGAAACUGGUCAUCAUGGAUUUUUUUUUUUAAUAUUAGCAGACAGAUCCAUAUGUCCAAUUCCUAAUACAUGCUUUUAUUUUGCUAUUCCAGGCCCUAAAGAUCUUGUUUGUUUUUAACAGAGAGUUCACCUCUUGAAUUAAGGGUUGGAAGACAUAGAAGAUGUUUCUCGUGUGACGCUAUGUAUCUUCAGUGUUGCUUUGUCAUUAAAUUAUUGAAGAAUAGUUCCUCUAUUUACAGGGCAGUUUCAGAUACUUUAGGACCAAUUUUUAUCGCAUGGAGUGCAAUGCCAUAUGUACUGACAGUACAUUAAAACAACAGCACUUGGAAGCAAUCCCAGAUUGCCUCCCAGGUGCCAACUUGGCCAUCCUUUAAUGCACUGUCACCUAUUUUGUCUUAUCUAAAAUAUAAAAAGCCACACCUGCUCUGACUUCUGCCCUCAGACUAGUUUUUCUAGGAAUGUUCUGGGGCCUGAAAGCUUUAUGCUGGAGCUUCAUCCUACAGCAAAACUUCAGAGCCUCAUUGUAACAAAACACGUUGGAUCUCUUGAGCAUGGCACCAAAAGCCCUGACACACUAGUGCCAAAGUAAAGAAGAAGAACUCUGUUUUAAAGCAAUGUAUCAAUUAUUUUUGGAAAAUAAACUGUUUUAA